AUGGCUCCAGUCGUAGCUCGUCUUGUUUCCGAAAGCAAGCCAUACCUCGUCCCAGGCAAGCUGCUUGUGAAAGAGCUCUGGUUUGAAGUCCCCUUGGACCAUUCCGAUCCAAAAUCGAAGACUAUUAAGCUCUUUGCAAGAAGCGUUGUCAAAUAUGAACGACCUAUUGUCGAAUCAUCAGAGGUCGUGCAAAGACCUUACCUGCUAUUCCUCCAAGGCGGCCCUGGUUUAGGAAGUCCAGCACCUCAAGAUUCCCCCUUGUCGAAGUAUAUGGUCGAUAGAGGCUACGAAUUGCUCUUACUAGAUCAGCGAGGAACGGGCUUCAGCACGCCCAUCUCGGAUAACAUUCUAGAACUCAUCGGUAGUCCCCAGGAGCAAGCCGAUUAUCUUAAGCUCUUCAGGGCCGACACACUUGUCAAGGACAGCGAAGCCGUUCGCCUCUACCUAACGAAGGAUUACCCACCUGAGAAGAAGAAGUGGUCUACCUUUGGCCAGUCGUUUGGUGGCUUCACAACCCUAACCUAUCUCUCCUUCGCACCAGAAGGUCUUAGAGAAUGCUUCAUCACCGGCGGACUUGCCGCCUUAGAUAAAGGUCCCGAGGAGGUUUAUCAAGCCACAUUUCGAAGAUGUAUAGAUCGGAAUCACGACUACUAUAGGAAAUUCCCAGAUGAUGUCGCCACGGUCAAAUGGAUCGCUGAGAAGAUCCGCGAAUUAGGUCGUGAAAAGGGAAUUCCCCUACCCAGCGGCGGUUUCCUAACAGUGUCACGAUUAAUGACCGUGGGCCUUAAUUUCGGUGCUCAUGGCGGCGUCGACCGAGUUCACAACUACAUCAUUAGAAUAAAGGCAGAUCUCGAUCAGUACGGCACGUUUACUCGCUUCACUCUGAACGAACUAGAACAAGACAACCAAUGGGACACAGCUCCAAUCUACUCACUCCUUCACGAGCCAUGUUGGUGCUUCGGCCCAGGCGUAGCCGGAAGAUGGGCAGCCGAGCGGGUCGGCGCGAGCCUAGAAGAAUUCCAAUGGCUUCGGCAGGAUUGGGCCGGACCAGCGAGCCUAGGCGAAAAGCCGCUGUAUUUCUCCGGCGAGAUGAUCUACCCCUUCUUCUUCGAUACAUGCGUCGGACUAUUCAAACUCAAGGAGACAGCGCAGAUCCUAGCUGAAUUCGACGGCUGGGCACCGCUCUAUGACAUUGAGCAAUUAGGUAAAAACGAGGUCCCCGUGUACGCGGCCAUCUAUAAUGAUAUGUACGUCGAUCCGGAGAUGUCGCGGGCCGCGGCGUCUAGGAUCAAGGGGAUCAAGGUCUUCGAGACGAGCGUCUUGUACCAUAAUGCCCUCCGUUCGCGCCCGGAUGAGGUGAUUCCUCAGUUACUUCGAUUGCGCGACGAUACCAUUGACUGA